AUAGGCGCCAAGAUAAACUUUUAGAAACGUCUACAUUCCGCAACCUCACUUUCCUUUUUCAUUCUCUGCUCCUCAAAAUGAAGUCCUCCUCCCGCACCCACCGUUUCUUUUCUUCCACCGCCGCCGCCACCGCCACCACUGUUGUUUAUAGUACUAAGAAUGACAGCUCUGCGCCUGAGCCUGACUCCACAAUUACCGGAAUCCCUAUCGCCCCCUCCCAGCCGACUUCGCAACCUAUCCCGAUAACUGUUCACCUCCCUCCUCAUCCCCAAUCCGCCGCGGCUGUUAAGAUACAGGCGGCCUUCAGAUCUCACGUGGUUCGCUCUCUCGUCAGGAAGAUCUCCGCCAUCAAUUAUGAAGCCAAUCACUGGCAGAAACUCAUCCAACGCCAGGAGACGGUUGAUGCUGUGCGUAGCAGUGCGCUGGAGAAGAUUAAGAUCAAUGAGGCAUUAAUGGGCCUGUUAUUCAGGCUCGAUGCAGUGCCUGGACUCGAUCCUAAUGUGAGAGAGCUGAGGAGGCAUGUGAGCCGCAAGAUUGUGGGGUUGCAGGAGAUACUCGAUGCGGUUUCAGAUAGUCGAGUUGAGCAAUGGGACGGACAUUUGAGGGAGUGGGAUGAGAUUGUUGCAGGGCUUGAACAGGAGGCUUGCAAAGAUGUAGGAGGUGGCCACGAAAUGGAGAGGUUCUGUGCGGAGAAUUUGGGCUUCCAGUGCCUCCAAAGAUUCCUCCGCGACCAAUAACCUUAAUUAGGUACACUCACAUACUAUUAUACAUCUGAACUUAAUCUGUAUACAUAAACUAAAUAAUGUUACUCGUAAUAUCCCUUGCUCUUAUAUCUGAAUUGUUGCUUCCCUCCCCA